GUCCAAAAACGCCAUUGUUCUAGCUCUUCUUACAAACACAGUCUAGUUAGGGUUUUCAGAUCUUUCUCUCUUUCAUCACCAAAACCCAAUUUCAGGACGUAUCUGAUGUAUAUUAGUUCUCUGUAGACGCUGCUUGAAUGUUGAAUUGCACACUACGUUAACAUUGGCCUCAUUGCUGCAUUACACAGGAGGUUAUUAUUUUGUAAUAUUUUGCCAAUUGGGUUCUUUUACUGGGACGUUCUCUUUAGCCGUCAUUUAAGUAUGUUUUGCAAGAUGAACGGCUUAAUCAAUAUGGAUGUGUGCCUGGGGAAUUGAUAAUUUUCAGUUGAUUAUAAACAAGAUUUAUUCUUUUGAGGGGAUAUAUCCAGGUUUUCUAUCGUUUUAUGCUAAAUAUCAAUAAUUAAGGUGCGGUAGGAAGCAUUGGUGUGUGGCAGAAGUAUAGCUGUUUACCCCGCAGAAGCUAUGAGCUAUAGUGACUGAAGGUGCUUUUGUUCAGCUUCUUUUGACGCUCUCGAGAUUCAGCCAUUCAGGGAAGUUCUGAUGAGGCUCUGUUUUCCUUAACAUAUUAUAUGACACUCUGAUCUAUGGUGUCACGUUUAUGGCAUUAAGUUCUCAGAAAUGAUUGCCAAAUACAGGCUUUUUGUGCAGACCCUGAACCCCUAAAGACUUGUACUCUUCUCAGAGUAGAUUUUCAGGUUUUCCAUCUUUCCUGAGUUAGAUUGACGUCACCAUAAGCAUUUGAUGUUUGAUUCACUUUCCGAGCUAAUGGUUAAAACAUCAUAUUUUGGAACUGCCCCAUGAGGUGGUUCCUUGGAAUAAGCAACUAUUUGUUUGUGUGGAGGUUACUGCAGAUUUUGCUAAAGUCAAGAAGAUUCUUGUUCUUGUCUCUUGUUAGUUUGAACCGAUUAUUGCACUUCAAGUAUGGAUGUUCCCGUGAAGAAGCCUCAGGAUAAUGGGCAGAAAACCUCAAUCAAUGAUGACGUUCUGGCUCGGAGGCUAAAAAACCGAGAGCGUCAACGCAGAUAUAGAGAAAGGAAACGUCUUAAAGCUGAUACAAUGAGGGUGUUGGGCUCAAACCAAUUAGCUUCAGUGCCAGUGGAGGUGCCUGUGAUUGCUGCUCCUCAGUAUAGUGUACUGCCGGUGAAUGUUACUCCUCUCGAUUCUUCAAUGCCAGUGAAUGUUGCUUCGCUGGACUCUUCAGUGCCAGUAAAUGUCGCUCCCCGGGAAUAUGUAAUGCCAAUGAAUGUUGCUCCUCUGGACUCUUCAGUGCCAGUAAAUGUCGCUCCCCGGGAAUAUGUAAUGCCAGUGAAUGUUACUCCUCUGGACUCUUCAGUGCCAGUCAAUGUCGCUCCCCGGGAAUAUGUAAUGCCAGUGAAUGUUGCUACUGGAAAAUGUGUGAUGCCAGUGAGCAGUGCUUCCCGGGAGUCUGUCACCCGUGUUUACUCUGGGCGGAAAUGGAAAUGUGAUGCCCGAAAGGCCCAUGCAAUGAGGCAGAAAGAAGUUAGUUCUAAUGGUUCGGUUACACCAGAUUUAGCAUCAACUGGUGGAAGUCAAAUAGCAUCUUUACCCCAGGUUGAACCGUCAAAUAUGGCAUUGAGUAAUGUUAUUUCUUCACCGGUGACUGCACUGGAAAAUAGUGGUACACCCAAAUCUAUUCCCAGUAGGAGACACUGGAAAACGGAAGCUAGAAAUAAGAAGAGCUGAAAUUGUUGACAAAGUUAGGUUGAGCACACGUCGCAUAAUAUUAUCAAUUGUUUACAGCCUUGUUGUAAUCUCAUCAUGUACAACAUUGGAAGGACCGAGGAACUGCAGAUAAUAUUUUAUCGGAUGAACGACUUGUAGGGGUCUAAGCUUUUGUCUCUGUUCAACUAAGUGAGAAGAUCCUGAGCAGUGCUUUCGGACAAUUUUGUUGCUCAGGUCCUGGUUUUGUCAGGUAAGAAGUUAUGUCGAGAGUAACUUUACGAUACAAUUCUGCUGCUAGAACUUAGGUUGCUUCGACUUACUUCCUUCCGAUGAAACAAAUCUUGAUAUGUAUCAUGACACUCUGACAUGUACUUUUGUACAUAUCUGUUGUAUGUGGAUUGAUCAUUCCUAGUCCAACUUGUCACUAAAGAAACUAUCCUUCAAUAUUUGUUGCUUUCUUUGAUGGUUCAAAGCGCCAUCACGCGGAUAAUUGAAAUGUCUCAUCUGCUGUUGAAUUCAAAUUCUAGGAACGCCUCUUCAAAGAUUUGGAUAAUUACACAAUGGCAUAGUUAUUGAGUUUGAAGUUUUA